CCGCCCGCCUCCCUUUCCGUCCGUCCCCAACCGUCCCCCUCUCUCGCUCGCAUCACAACAAACGCGCUCUCGCCCAGCUUCCGGAACUCUCCCCCCGUCCCCGUCGCCACCGGCAUGGCCUCCGCCGUCUCCCUCGCCGCCUCCUCCUCGCCCCUCGCCGCCUUCGCUGCCACCUCGCCCUCGCGCGCGGGGGCGCCGCGGCCCCACCACGCGCUCCCGCCCGCCCGCGGCCCGCGGUCCCAGGCCCAGGCACUCCGCGCGGUCUCAGGCCCCGCCGGGAGCCGCCGGUGGGGCACCGGCCGCGGCGCGACGGUCGUCUGCGCCGUCCAGGGCCAGGACACCACCAUCCAAGUUCCCGAUGUCACGAAGACAACAUGGCAAUCACUUGUUAUAGAGAGCAAGAUUCCUGUUCUUGUUGAAUUCUGGGCUUCAUGGUGUGGACCUUGCAAAAUGAUUGAACCGGUUAUUGGUAAGCUGUCAAAGGAGUAUGAAGGGAAGCUGAAAUGCUACAAGCUCAACACUGAUGAGAAUCCAGACAUAGCAAGCCAGUAUGGCGUCCGGAGCAUCCCAACCAUGAUGAUCUUCAAGAAUGGCGAGAAAAAGGACGCGGUGAUCGGAGCAGUACCUGAAAGCACGCUGAUCACAUGCAUUGAGAAGUUUACCGAGAGGUAAAACGCUGAACGGGCCUCCUCGACGGUUACUCGGCAUUCCGCAUCCAAUUGUUCAGUCAGAUCAUCGAAAACUCGACGUCAUCUGCACAAUCUUUCUAUACGUGCGUUCAGUUGUGUAGAUAGUAUUGGAAACUUGCUCUCUGUACCAUCAAUAAAUAGAAUCACAGAAGUGUUCAUGAUAAAAAUCCCAAGGAAGCCUGGUUUCAUGGUGCCAUUCUUUUGGGCUGUAGAUAUGUAUGACGGGACUGUUAAGAGUCAUAUUCUGUAUUAUCAUAUCACAUAUUCCGUCAGUUCAUGUGAUCGUUUCCCUUGUAGACUGAUGAAUCUGUGAUACUGUUUCUAGAUCUUGACUGUGAGCACUAUUCCCCCAAUCA